AUGCGCCGCCUCCCGGCCCUGUUCGCGCUGCUCUUCGCAGCCCUGCUGGGCGCCAGCGGCGAUAUCAUCUCGGACGAGGACUGUUUCGCCGAAAGCGCCGAGCGCGCCAUCGACAAACUAUCGCAAUCUGGAAACCCAGACUUCUUGGAGGAAGUCAAGGCCUUCAAACACAGCCCGUUUCUGCUCGCGGUGCGCUACUGCCUCGGCCCGGAGGCGUCAAAUUCGAGCCAGGACUUCGUCUCCUGCAUUCUGUCGUUCAGCUCAUGCUCCCGCGGGGGCAUGGAGGUAGUGGACUGGGAACUCUGCGCCUGUGACACCUUCUACUGCAUUAUGCGGGAGUGCGCUCAGCGGUGGCUGGAGGACAUGGGCAUCUCGGACCUUUCCUGCAUCAAGCCGUGCCUCGAGAACAACUCUAACUGUAUCGUGCGCCAAACCGGUGCCCUGGGCAGGUUGGCGUUACCCCCGGUGAAGGAGAGACGUGGUCCAAACCCCUAUGAGACAACACCGAUAACUUAA